AUGUCGGUCCAAUGGCAACGUGCGACGCUCAUUGUCAAGGACGCCCCACACCGUCCACGCUCAGUGGACCAAGCCCACUACGUGCCACAAGCUCCAAGCUGUCCUCAGCUCAGGGUGUGGAGGUUUCGUGGUCAUAGUCGUCGCAUCAAGAUCAAAGUAUCUCCUCUCCAUCAACCUUCAGGGCAGCCAUCGCCAGUAGUCGUCGCCAACAUGACGACCGAAGCCCCGACACGCCCCGAGGGCGUCAAUACAAAAAGCACAAGGACGCUCUUGAGAGUGGUCAUUCUUCUCUUUAUUGCCGGCGCUGCCAUCUCCAGUCGUUUGUUCUCCGUGAUUCGAUUUGAAAGUAUUAUUCACGAAUUCGACCCCUGGUUCAACUUCCGAGCGACCAAGUAUCUCGUUGCGAACGGAUUUUACAAGUUUUGGGACUGGUUCGAUGACCGAACAUGGCAUCCUCUUGGACGAGUUACUGGAGGUACUCUGUACCCGGGUCUCAUGGUUACCAGCGGGGCAAUCUACCACGCCCUCAAGGCACUGACCAUUCCCAUCGAUAUUCGCAACAUUUGUGUUCUUCUCGCUCCUGCGUUCUCCGGCCUUACCGCCUAUGCUGCAUACCUACUCACCAAUGAGAUGACCACGUCGCCGUCUGCCGGUCUUCUUGCUGCUGUGUUCAUGGGAAUUUCUCCAGGCUACAUCUCUCGAUCUGUUGCCGGAAGUUACGACAACGAGGCCAUCGCCAUUUUCCUUCUCGUCUUUACUUUUUACCUCUGGAUCAAAGCCUUGAAGUUGGGUUCCAUGCUGUGGGGUGCGCUGUGCGCUCUGUUCUACGGCUACAUGGUGGCAUCAUGGGGCGGUUAUGCCUUUAUUACCUGUCUCCUGCCCCUCCAUGCCUUCGUCCUUAUCUGCAUGGGUCGAUACAGUACUCGGCUCUACGUGAGCUACACCACAUGGUAUGCUUUGGGGACCAUUGCUAGCAUGCAAAUUCCGUUUGUUGGUUUCCUUCCGGUGAAGACGAGCGAACACAUGCCCGCGUUAGGUAUCUUCGGGUUCCUUCAGUUGAUUGCGUUCAUCGAGUAUGUACGAUCUGCUAUUCCGAGUCGCCAGUUCCAGACCUUCCUCGUCACCAUCCUUGUCGCUACUUUUGGUGUUGGGUUGAUUGGCCUUGUGGGUCUUACUUCUCUCGGCUACAUUGCUCCAUGGAGUGGCCGUUUCUACUCACUUUGGGAUACCGGAUAUGCCAAGAUUCACAUUCCUAUCAUCGCCUCCGUCUCUGAGCAUCAGCCCACUGCCUGGCCUGCGUUCUUUUUCGAUCUCAACUUCCUCAUCUGGCUCUUCCCCGCUGGUGUCUACAUGUGCUUCCAAGACCUGCGAGAUGAGCACGUCUUCAUCGUCGUCUACGCCCUGUUUGGCAGCUACUUUGCAGGUGUCAUGGUUCGACUGAUGCUCACACUGACGCCCAUUGUCUGUGUUGCCGCAGCCAUAGCCUUGUCUAGCAUGCUCGACACCUAUUUGUCCGCCAAGUCCCCCGACCCCAAGGAGGUCGAGCUUGCCGCCGAAGCAGCAUCUAAGAAGCCACCCAAGCCUUCCACCGGCCUUAGAGGCAGUGAGAAGCCGACCAUUGGUAUUUUCCACGUGUCAUCCAAGUUUGUCGUCGUUGCGUCUGUUGUUGUCUACCUCGUCAUGUUCGUUACUCACUGCACUUGGGUGACUUCCAACGCAUAUUCGUCCCCCUCGGUUGUAUUGGCCAGUCGAAUGCCCGACGGAAGUCAGCACAUCAUUGAUGAUUACCGAGAGGCAUAUCAGUGGCUACGACAGAACACCAAGAAGGAUGCCAAGAUCAUGUCCUGGUGGGAUUACGGCUACCAGAUUGGUGGCAUGGCUGACCGACCUACCUUGGUUGACAACAACACCUGGAAUAAUACUCAUAUUGCCACUGUUGGCAAGGCCAUGAGCUCCAGAGAGGAAGUCAGUUAUCCUAUUAUGCGGCAGCAUGAGGUCGACUAUGUUCUAGUUGUCUUUGGUGCUCUCCUGGGUUACUCUGGUGACGAUAUCAACAAAUUCCUCUGGAUGGUUCGUAUUGCCGAGGGUAUCUGGCCGGAUGAGGUCAAGGAACGUGAUUUCUUUACCGCUCGUGGCGAGUAUCGCGUUGACGGAGAAGCCACCGAGACCAUGAAGAACAGCCUGAUGUACAAGAUGUCCUACUACAACUAUCACUCUCUGUUUCCCCCCGGCCAAGUCUCUGACCGUGUUCGUGGUGUGCGGCUACCUGACCAGGGCCCAGUGCUCCACACACUUGAGGAAGCGUUCACCAGUGAAAACUGGAUCAUCCGAAUCUACAAGGUCAAGGAUCUUGAUAAUGUUGGUCGCGAUCAUGCCGCUGUUGCAGCUUUUGAAAAGGGGCAGAAGAAGAAGAAGGCUAGCAAAAAGAGAGGCGCCCGUGUUUUGCGUGUAGACUAA